GAACCCUUGCAUUCACAGACUGAUUCCUGCAGCCAGAGGCUUAUAUAAGAGGUCUCUUGGGAAAGACCAAAAGAGUGCAAACACCUCAAAGAAGUAGGAGAGCCCCCAGCCUGCCUUGCCUGGAGCUCUAAGGAUGGACCCCAUUGCGCCUGCUUGCACCACCCCUGUGCCAGCACUGUCUUUGUCCCUAGCUCCAGCAGCGUCAGCCCAAGUCUCCCAGACACUCCCUGGCCCAUUAGGGCCUUCAGUCUUUUUGGCCUCUGGACAAGUACAUGAGAGUGCAAGAGGGCUAUGCCCAUGGAGACCCUGGCUGGCCUCCACCAGCGAACCGGCAAAGCAGGUGAGGACGCCAUUGCAGCAGGCUGCUGAUGGGGCACCAGCUGCUGAGGUCACCAAGGCUGAAUCUGGGUUCCAUCACCCAGUCAGGCUCUACUGGCCUAAAUCUCGCUCCGUUGACUACCUGUACAGUGUGGGGGAGAUUUUACUGAACAACUUCCCUAUCCAGGCCACCAUCAACCUGUAUGAGGACUCAGACAGUCAAGAGGAAGAGGAGGAAGAGGAGGUGGAGGAAGAUGACAAAGAAGAAGAGACAGAAAAGGCCUAUGAAAAGGGGCAGGAAGGGUGUGGGAAGGUAGCCGGGUCCUCACCACCCAGAGCCACGGCUCAUCUUGCUUCCCCUGCCGCUGACCUGUCCAAAGUGACACACCUUGCCAGUGAGAGUCUGAUCAGGAGUUGGGAUGCCUGGCCAGGUUCCCUGGGCCCCAAGGAAUGAGUCUAGAGCCUCCAGUCACAGCUUUCCAGCUCUUUGACCUAGCUAGUGUAGGAGUCCAGGACUUUCAUAUCUGCUUGUCUGGGCUGUUAUGUUGCCAGUGAGAGGGCCCCAGGAACUCUUGUGGGAGGAAAGCCAGCUUCCUGCAGCCCCAGGCAGAGAGAGAGCAGGACAGGGAGUGGUGUCCUUGGAGAGGCGCGCAGCCCCUUUGACUCCCUGGCCCUCCUACAUAGGCCAUGCAGUUCCAUCUCCUCCCCCAGAAAGCCAGAUCCGGCUUCAAUUCCAGGAAUAUGAACAGCAGAUCCAAGCUGGGGGGAGAGGGGGAGGGGGAGCUUUCUGGUGGGUUUUCACAAAGGGAAAGGGGGGCUUAGAGAGUGGUUUGCUCUGAAGAUCCUCUCCCCCAAAGUUGCCUGCUCGCCACUCAAGUGUGUG